AUGAACGACUUUUUGGUCAGGUGCUUUCAGAGGGCAAACAUACCCACAAUUAAAGAACCCACGGGUCUUAUGGAGGAAGGUAGCCUCAGGCCGAUGGGUAUACUAUUUCACCAUAGGCGCAGGGACGUUCCCUUGCUUGGGAUGUUACGUUCCCUCACACCAUGGCUGAAAGGUACAUUAAUCUUACCUCACAGGAGGCGGGUGCCGCUGCCUUAUGAGCCGCAGACUUUAAAAAUUCAAAAUAUGCGGCUCUUGCAGAAAGCAAAAUUUUUCAGCCAGUCUGCAUUGAGACCUUUGGUCCAACCGAUGCUCAGACUCAGAGUUUUCUGA